AGUAUCUCAAAUGAGCUAUAAGAAAUUUAAGCCAGAAUUAAGUGAUAAGCAGGUUGAUGACCUUGAGAAGGCUGGACAGACAACUCACUCUAAGACUGAGUCAGAUCUUGAAGAGCAGAAAACUACCUGCUCGACUAAAGUCUUCUUGAUGCUAAUGUCUGGCCAAAGACAAGAAUUUGAAUGAGAUUUAGAAACCACUAAAAUCAAAGAUGUAAUCGCACAAGCAUUCAAGCAGGAAUUAUCUGAUGGGAAAUAAAGUCAAUAUAUUAUUUGCUGGUAAAAUAUUGUGCACAGAAAAGACACUCUCAGAGUGCAAAGUUCAAAAUAAUUUUGUUAUCCAUGCAAUUGUUAAAAAGAAUGUCAGUACCACAGAUUUAGAAAAUGCUGAUAAUAAUGAACCGAAUCAACAAAACGAAAUAAGUAAAAGUUAUUGUGCCUUUUGGAUAGAUUUUGACCAAAGUAUAAUUCUGAUUUUAGGAAAUAUCGCCACCUUUUCAGACUUCUUACAAAGAGCUGAGAUAAUCAGAAACCAGAUCAAUGAUCAACUCAAUAGGGAAAAUCCAAGAGUGCCAAAUAGAGGAAGAAAUGCUCGUUCAAAUCUGCAGGAUAGAUCCCAAGACCAAGCAGCUUUCAAUGAAGAAGAAAGUAAUAGGUGAAUCAAGGAGGUCUUUAUAGGCCUCUUCACCGGCUUUCUGCUAAGAUACUACGGAGUUUUUAUCAUGUGAUUCUGUAACUGCCCACCCCGAACAAAAGUAUGCAUCUUGAUCGGAUUGGUAGUCAGAUUGUUUAUGGAUAUAUCACAAGGCAACCUUGCGUAAUCUUUGAGAUAAUUAAACAAGAUUCAAUG